AACUUCCUUUCACAGAGAGUCUGCGGAGGUGAUGGGCCAAUCCCAGGGCGCCCGCGGGGAGGCGGCACGGUGAGCGUCCCCCCGCUCCGGUGCGGAGAUCGGUGCCUUGCCCUGGAGGCUGCGGGUCCGACUUGGCUGCCGGCUGUAGUCGAGUCUUCCAAGCUAAGAUAAUUUUUUGCAGCAGCAGAAAUGGUUGGUCCUAGCUACAAAUGGGAAUUUGGAGUCACUCUGAAAUACGUCCUGCAAUAAUUGUGUUUGACUGGAACCAAAUCUUAUCAAGUCUCCAAGAAUAGACCACAUAACCACAUUUGUGAACUGAACUGUCUUUGAGCAACUAUUUUGAUACUGUCCAUCCAUAUGAAGAUGAAAGUCUGUGCUAAGUCAGUGUUGCUGUCACACUGGCUCUUUCUGGCCUACGUGUUAAUGGUGUGCUGUAAGCUGAUGUCCGCCUCGAGCCAGCACCUCCGGGGACACGCAGGUCACCACCAGAUCAAGCAAGGGACCUGUGAGGUGGUCGCUGUGCACAGGUGCUGUAACAAGAACCGCAUAGAAGAGCGAUCACAAACGGUCAAGUGUUCUUGCUUCCCGGGACAGGUUGCUGGCACAACUCGGGCUCAGCCUUCUUGUGUUGAAGGUUGUGGGACAAUGAAAAGAGCAACAGUAGGUGCUUUGAAAAUGACAAAGCUCAUACAGUUUUCAGCUUCCAUCGUGAUUCAGAAAUGGUGGUGUCACAUGAAUCCUUGUUUGGAAGGAGAGGAUUGUAAAGUGCUGCCAGAUUACUCAGGUAACACGGUAGCAAAGAGAGAGAUGUGCUUCAAUCUUGGAGGAGCAACGGGAUGCAGCGCUCUCUUGUUUGAAUGACAGUCCUGGCCAGUGUGCAGGAAAUUGUCUUGGAUUUCAGCAACAUCACAUUUGCGUGUGUGUGCUGUGAGGAGUGGCAUUCGGUUAACUGUCCCGGCCCUCUCUGCUUUAUGACUUUAUCACAUUGAAUUAUAACCAUGAGCUGCCACGCAAUUGACAUGCUAUGGGGAUUCCCAAGAAACAUACCUCCGAGAAACUCUGGAGGAGCAAACCAGAGACUUCAAAAUGGAUCGCCACUGAGGGAAUAUUUGCUUUUCAGCUUCCUUCCGCCUCUACAAAUAUAUGUUUCACGGGCUCCUCCUUCUGUUCCUCUUUUGAACUUUUUCUUUAGCCCUUGCAUUAAAGUGGUUUGAAAGGGGUCUAAAUAACAGAACAUUUUUGCAGAUGUAGAUCAGUGAACUCUGAUAACUGGUGAUGAAAACUUAUUUUAUAAACUUUGAAUAGAAGGACUUAUUGUGUGUGCAUUUGUAUUUUUGCUUUUGGUGGUUUAAAGUGUUUGCAUUUUAAGUUCCAUUGUCAAGUUAGCAAAAAUAAAAUGGGAGCAUUUUAACUUCAGGGCACCAUUUUACCGAGCGCUAAGGAAGCUUAUCAACUGCAGUAUUUUAUAACCAAAGCUCUAUCAUGACAUAUUCACAAAAGAAAUAAAACCUGUUGGGAUUUUUAUGGCUGAUGUGUAGUCAUAGAGGUAAAUCAUUUAAAAUAUAAAGCAGUCUCUGUUUAGAUCAAGAGUGAUUUCUUAGAUCCAGUUUCUGUCAAGUAUAUUAAAAUAUUUCGUUAACUCCUAGAAAGGAGUCUUUAAAUGCAGAAUUUUUAAACUGUACAUGAAUUAUUCUUAGCUCUUUUCCUACUUAUGUGUUAGUCAUCUUAUUUCUUUAAAUAUAAGUAAAAUCUGAGUCAUUUUUUUUCUUGGUUUAAUGAUUUUGCAGCAGACAUGUCUCCACAUAUUCUCAGAUGCUGUCAUACAAAAACAUAUUACAGAUGAAAAGCAACUGACCCGGAUUUUAAAUGCAUAAUCUUAUUAAAACACAUACUACUGUAAUAUUAUGGGAUAGAUUUUAUAUAUUAAGAAAUGCCAAAAACAUACUUUCUGCACUAAGUUAUCCCGGUCCUUUCACAAUUAUGGGGAAAAAUAGUACUAUAAUAUUGUUUAUAGCAGUAACAAUUACAUCUAUUUGAUUUUAUUCUCUCAGAAGGAAUGAAAAUUGGCAAUAUCCAUUUGUUUGCUAAAUUUGGUUUUAGUUUGACUGAUUAGAUGCUUACCAGAAUUGUUACUCUCAUAUUAAGUAAAAAAUUGAUUCUGCUGA